AAAGGACACCGUUGGAAAGGCAGUAAAUACCUAGCAGGCGAACACUGCACUGGAGGCCAAGCGACCCCUAUGGUGAGGGUUGCGGCAGGAGGCGUGUGGGCUGAUUACGUACGUCUCCCGGUAGUUUCAUCAGCAUCGUCCAUAUUCUGAUGAGAGAGGCAAGAUGGUGGCACACUGUCAGCACUGUGGCUGUAAGGACAUUGACACAGACCCAGCCCGUGGAGAUGCAGUCUGCACCUCGUGUGGCACGGUGCUCUCUGAACACAACAUUGUUAGUGAAGUUCAGUUUCUGGAAAAUUCUCAUGGAGGAAGCUCUGCUGUGGGCCAGUUCGUCUCCUCAGAUGCAGUUAGCAAGCGGCCUAUGUUCAGGGACUUCCGUGGCUCAUUUGCACGGGAGAGCAAGGAAAUCACACUGGGUAAUGCCAAGAAGAAGAUCAAUGCCCUUGCUCAGCAGCUACGACUCAGCCAACACAAUUCAGAAAUGGCAUUUAACUUUUUCAAGCUGGGUCUCAGUAAAGGCCUGACUCGAGGGAGAAAAACCAACCACGUGAUUGGAGCAUGUGUAUACAUCACCUGCCGCACGGAACAGACUGCACACAUGCUCAUUGACGUGAGUGAUGCCCUCCAGAUUGAUGUGUAUGAGCUGGGCCGCACCUACCUCAGGCUGUCCACGGCCCUGUGCAUCAACAUCCCAGCCAUGGACCCAUGCCUCUACAUUUGGAGGUUUGCAUAUAAGCUCUCCUUUGAAAAAAAAACUCAUGAUGUUUCUGAGACAGCACUCCGGCUUGUUAAACGGAUGAAGCGAGACUGGAUGCACACUGGACGGCGACCAUCAGGAGUGUGUGGGGCAGCCCUGGUCAUUGCUGCACGGCUGCACAACUUCAAUCGCACAAUCAAUGAUGUAAUCAAGGUGGUGAAGGUGCAUGAGUCAACACUGCGCAAACGGCUCACUGAAUUUGGUGAGACGCCUUCCAGUGCCCUCACACUUCAAGAGUUUAUGACAGUGGACCUUGAUGAAGAGCAAGACCCGCCUGCAUUCAGGGCAGCCCGGAAGCAGGAGAGGGAGCGGGUGCAGAGGCUGCUGGAUCAAGAUGGUUUGGAGACGGAGCUCACGGAGUUGCAGCAAGAGAUUGAAAAGCACUUGGAGGAGCGCAAGAAAAAGCUGCGUGGCAUCUGGGCCAAGUAUGAUCGGGAGGAGGAACCAAUUGAGGAGGCAGAGCAGGAAACUGUGGAAGCCCAAAAGUUUAUUACAGAAGCCACAUUGGAGACCAUCAAUAAAUGUAUGGAUGAUGGGCCUGAAGAUGUUAAGAAAGAGGAAGAGCCCCGGGGCAUUGGGCCCUCAGCAGCCAGCCUGGGAUUGAAAGAAACCAUUGAGGAGUGCAUGGAGAUCCGGCCCAAUAACCCAGAGCCAGAAGACAGUGGUUUCUUAGAUCUGGUAGACAUUGAUGACAAAGAGAUAGACUCGUACAUCCUAGGACCACGAGAAGUGAGGCUCAAGACUUCCUUGUGGAUGACUCUGAACAAGGACUAUCUGGAGGAGGUGAAAGUCAAAGAGGAGCGAGAGCGCAAGGAGGCAGAGGAGCGGGAAAAGGAGGGUAAACCACCUAAGAAGAAGAAGAGUUAUACCAAGCGAUCCAAAAGCAACACCCCGGCCAACACAGCUGGUGAGGCUAUUGAAAAAAUGCUCCUAGAAAAGAGGCUGUCAAGCAAGAUCAACUAUGAUGUUCUGCGUAGCCUCAAUGGAGAAGAGGAGCAGGAGGAAGGGGACACGAAGGAAGAGAAACCCAACCCUAAGGUCCUCAAAGCAGCCCCAGUGGAGACUCCUAAGGGUAUUUCUUCUGUCCUCCACUCUCUGACUGGCAAGAGACCAAGGAAUUCCUCUAAGGAGGAUGAGGAGGGCAGGGCGUCCAAAAAGCUGGACGUGAAGGUGAAGCAGGACCAGGAAGAGCCAAAGCAGCAGCAGCAGGCAGAGGAGGAGGAGGAAGAAGAGGAUGAAGAGGAGGAGGAGGAAGCAGAAGAGGAUGAAAGCAGUCUGUCAACAAUGCAGCUUCUGCGCAUGAGGCGGGUGGUGCUAAUGCGUGGCGGCUUCUGGUGGCGAUGGUGGAGGACAGCAAAGGGAACUGAAAAACCUGCUUCAUCCCUGGUGCUGACGUCACACUUGCGUCAGAGGGGACUUCCUCACUGGACCUCCUAUUUUGUGCGGUACAGCGAUGUGACCAGUGACCAGCGGGGAAGGUCACAUUUUAACUGGAAGGUAGAUGACGUGAACUACCACAUUCUGAGGACUGGAUGUUGGCCCUACAUCAAGUACCACUGCUCCCAGCGACCCUAUCAAGACCUCUCCACUGAUGACAAGUUCUUCAGGUUGUUGAAAGUGAUGAACCUAGGUGCGCAAGAGGCAGGUGUGGUGAGGUGACAGAGGUCUCCCUUGCCUGGCCUAUGGCUUUGGUGCUUCUUUCCUCAUCAGCUUCCAGGAAGAAGUGAAAACUCCAGAGGGGACAGUCACCAUAUAUUUCCUUUAUGAAGAAGAUCGGGGAGCCAGGCAUUAAAAUCUGAAG